CUCUCUUAGUCCUUCGGCAAUUAGGUCUCGCGCGCGCCCUUCACACGCGCGCGAUGUCGCGCGCACAUUGCUCGUGUCGUCCGUCCCGCACGCGUACCUGCUGCCUGCCUCACCUAAUCCUCCCGCACAUAGGCAUGCGUCUGCGCAUGUCGCCCACUCGCGCGCCACCGCACAUGCCCCGUCCUUGUCGCUCACCUCCCGCGCGUGUGCGCCCGCGCUCGGCCGUCCGAUUCCCACAAGGCCACGGCUUCCUUCCGCGUCACCUAUACUCGUGCGCUUACCGCGCGCUUCGCCCCUGUCGGCUUCUUCGCGCGCGUCCGUGCUAACGCCCUGGCCCCAAUCGCCUACGGUGCAUCCCCGCGUACCGUCCGCGUUACUGCCCGUCCCAGCCGUCCCCGCGGCCUGGCCAUCUAUCGCACAUCCGGCGUGCGUCACGUCCUCGCUGCCCGACGCCCGCUCGUCACCGCCAACUCCCGUGGCCCGUACGUCCGUUGCUAGUGCAUCAUCAUCGACUGUCCAACCGCGCACAUCAUGGGCCGAUGCGCGCCACUCGUCCAUUAGCCGAUCAUUGUCGUCCUUGUUACCACUUGUUCCCGUCAGCUCGGGCCAUGGAUCCCAACCCUUUAAUCUCACACAAUCAUCCGCCGGUACACCAACCAUUCUUCUCCCAUCGCAAACCCCGCCUUUUAGCCUCCUUCUUUUGAGCUUGUCUUUUCUUUGCACAAGGCUCGCACCUACAUUGAUUUGCUUUUCGGGCCCGUUGAUGACGGAUCGAUCUUUUGUCUAUACGG